GCGGCGGCGGGGCCCGGCUCAGCCCGGCCCGGGCGCUGCCCACCGAGACCCCUUCCCCCCGACGCUGGAGCUGCGGAGCCGUGAGUCUGCGGAGAGGGAGGGGGAUGGGGCCCGGGACCCGAACUCCAGGGUCCCUAGGGGGAGGAGGCAGCCGGGGGCCUGGAUUUCUGGGUUCUUGGAGGAGGAGGGGGCUGGGAACCCAGACUCCUGAAUCCUUGGAGGAGGGGACUGGGGGCCUGGAUUCCGGGAUCCAGGAGGAGGAGCGGGCGGGGAACACCUCCUGGUUUCCAUUGGGAGGAGAGAGAUGGGGCUGGGGUAGCUGGGUUCGGAGCUGGAGCCGACUAGGGCGAGAUGCCCUCCCGCGCCCUCAGGGGAGGUGGAGGGAGAGAGUCUGGCUUUGGAGGUGCCUGUGGCAACGGAAGGGUUAACGUCUGGCUGGAGGGGAGGGGGAGGGGCAGGGAAGGGGCUGCGGGGCUUUGAGGGGUCAAGGGUGAGCCGUGCAAGUGGGAGGGGGCUGCAGAGGAGUGGGGGAGGCUGUCUGGGCUGCCAGACAGGCCAGGGUCAGCGGCGGGGGCAGGGGAUGUCUGGCGGAGGAGAGGCCCAGCAUCCAGGCUCCCCUGGGGACCCGGGAUUCCAGGCCCCAGCCCCCUCCUCCCUUAGACCUGGGAGUCCGCGACCCAGCCCCCUCCCUCAGAAUUCCAGAGUGCGAACCCCUAGCCCCCUUUACCCCAAGAUCCAGGAGUCUGGGCCUCCAACCUCUCCUCCCCUCAGACCUGGGGCUCCACGUUCCAUCCCCCGCUCUCCACGAAAGCCCGGUGUUCGGGCCCCCAGCCCCUUCCUGCCCAGAACCCAGGAGUCCCCACCUCCUCUUUAGCCCCAGCUGGAGUCCAGCCCUCUGGGGGUUAAGGGGGCGGGGCCAACUGGUUGCCAUGGUGCCAGACUGUUUGGGUCUGCUCUCUGACCCUUGGGGGCUCCCCAGGGUCUGCAGAGAGGGGGAGGGGGACCCAGACCUGGGGGAAGUCCAGCGCCAACCUUUUCCCCAAAUCCGGCCUAUGGGCCCAGGGAGUUCGGGCCUCCACCAAGGCCUUGUCCAGUGACCUUGAACAAGUCCUGACCCUUCUCUCUGGGCCUCAGUUUUCCCGAGGAGAAAUGUGUGGGAGGAGUGGGGAGAUGCUCAGGUCCUGCAAAUCUUUAAGAUUCUCAGCUUCCCCUCUGCUCUCACCCCCCUCCUCAGGCCCCAGGCAGCCCCGGGGCAUGCUGGGAACCCAGGCCUGGGCUCUGGGCCAGGUUGUUGGGUGGGGGGGCGGCGGGGGCAGCCUCCUCCCUUCCCCUUCCUCCCCACCUUGGCCUGACUCUCGCCCCCGCCUGAGGGUCUGGGAGGUUGGGAAGGAGGGAAGGGGAAUGAGAGCUGGGACCGUAGACCCGUCUCUGGCCCCUUCCUCCCCCCUUGCGGCCUCCGCCCCCUUCCCGCCUCUCCUCCCCCUCCUCAGUAGGUCGCUACCCCGGCCCUGGGCCCCUUCUCCAGCCACCCCAGCUCCAGACCUGGCUCCGAGCUGCUGCGAGGGGGAGGGAGAGAGGGAAGGAGAAAGGGGGAGAGAGAGAGAGAAGGGGAGGGAGGGAAGGAAGGAGAGAGACCUAGGAGGGAGGGAGGGAGAAAGGGAGAGAGAAAAGGAGAGAGACAGAGACAGAGGGAUGGAGAGAAGGCGGGCAGCGAGAGGGAGGCAAACAGGAAAAAGGGGGAGAGGAGAGUGAGACAGGGAAAUUGAGGGAGAGAGAGAAGGAGAGGGACAAAGACGGGGUGGCAGGGAGAAGAGGAGGGUGAAAGACAGAAGGGAAAGGAAAAGAAAGAGAAAAGAGAAAGGAGAGAGAACCAGGAGGCGGGGAGAGGAGAGAGAGAGGACUGAGCAAGGAGAAGGCCGAGCUGAGGGGGAGGGUGGGCAACGCAGAGCGGGGAGAAGCGUGCAGAGGCUGGAGGAAAUGGAGACCAGGUAAGACGGAGACUGAGCCAGCGGCAACACGGCAGGAUGGGGAGAGAGAACCAGAAAGAUGGAGAUGGAGCCGGAGACAGUGAGAGCAAGACAGACGAGCGCUGGACAGAGGCGGAGGCUCUCGGGUGCACAGACUCAGCCCAGGGGUGGGGAAGCGUUGGUGCUGGUCCCGCCACCUUGCGGGCCUGGCCCCUCCCACUCACCAGCUGACUGGGGCUCAGCCUUCCCACCUGCAAAAUGGGGGUGCUGAUGGCACCUUGAGCCCCUGCCUGCCACAUGACAGAGGCCUGGGGCGGUAUCAGCGCUCAAGGAUCCUAGCUGUCAGUGUUGUGCAUGAUGAGAGGCCAAAGGAAGGGAGGAGAGAGGGGAAAAAAUACCCAGAAAGGCAUGACGGUUUUGUAUCCCGUGGGCGGUCUCCACACCGGUCCUGGAUUUCUGAAUCUGACAGGUAGGUAGGGAACUGUCUUGUCCAAGGGACCAAACUCCAAAACAGGUGAGGUUCCCUCUGACCCGGGAUCCAGGAAGCCAGGCUGUGUCUUCUCCAAGGAGGCAGGCCUGGCCGGACUCCCAGGUCUGAGGGAGGGGGCUGGGGGGCCUGGCUUCCUGGGUCCCCAGUGGAGAAGGGGGCUGUGGACUUGGACUUCUGAAUCUGGGGGAGGAGAGGAGGCUAGGGGGCCUGGAUUGCGGGGACCUGUGGGGAGGAAGGGGCCUGGGGCCUGAAUUCUUGGGUCCCUGGUGAGGAAGGGGCCGAGGGGCUGACUCCUGGGUUCCUUGGGGAGGAGGGGGCCGGGGGCCCGCAUUCCUGGGUCCUGGCACCCACCCGUAGAACCGACCUUGCGGGGCCUUCGCCGCACACAAGCUCGUGUCUGUGGGUCCGUGUCGGGGGCUCACCAUCGCGGCUGGGGCCUCCCCGGCCCUCCCCGCCCUCCCUGGCCCCCGUCUGUCCGUCCAGUCCAUCCGUCUGUCUGUCCACCUGCCGCGCCCCCCGGGCUGAGGUAGGAGGUUGUAUAGUUGAGGAGGACACCCACGGAGAUCACUAUACGGCCUCCUAGCUUUCCCCAGGCUGCGCCCUGCACGGGACGGCCCGGCGGGGACCCCUGACCCCGGUCCCCUGCCCCACCCCGCCAGGCUGGGGAGAGGGGCUGCCGCAGGGAUCGUGGGAGGAGAGGCUGGGCUGUUCCUCGUGUCCUCGUCCCUACAUUCCUUCCUGCCCCUUCCCUCAAAGAGUUUCUCUCCCAUCAAGAUAUCUCUGUUUUGCUUCCUCUCUGUCUCUCCAUCUCCACUGGGUCUGUGCACAGUGACCUCUGAGACCCUGUCUCCAUCUGUCUCUUAUGGUGCUUUCUGGGUCUCUGACGCUCCCCAUGUCUCUCCAUGGCUUGGUUUCUGUCUUUCGGGCCCUCACGGUGUCUCUGUGCCAUGUCCAUUUCUGCUGCACCCCACUACCACACCCCAGGGCUUGGCGGGCCCCCGCACACCGUACUGCCGGCCUCUGGGUCCCUGAGACCCUUUAACCUGUGAGGACGUCCAGGGUCACAGGUGAGGUUCUUGGGAGCCUGGCAUCCGGCCCAGCCAUCAGCCUGGGGUCCGACCCCUGACCCCUGACCCAACACACCCUUCCUCCCUGAAAACCCUGGAACCUGACAUUGGACUGGAGACUGCAACCUGACCUCUGACCCUGUAUCUUGAGCCCCUCCCCCACACCACUGUGACCUCACAAAAGUCUCCAGCUUCUCCACAGGCUGAGACCCUCCGCUAUGGCCCUUCUGGCCGCAGGGAGCGCUGUGCCGUCCGCCCUGGUGGCCCUCACGGUCUUCCGGGCCUCCGCCUGGGCCUGUCUCCUCUGCUUCACGUCUUACAAUGAGCGCCUCCAAAUCUGCCAGAUCUUCGUCGGCUUGGAGAGCCCCAACCUCGAGAAGUGUGAGGAGGCCUUAACAGAUGCCUUUAAGGGCCUCCAGGACACUGAAAUCAACUACGAGGAAAGGAGCCAUCUGCACGACGCCUUCACCCAGAUGACCCACUCCCUGCAGGAGGUGGCCGCCGCCCAGGGGUCCUUUCAGGUUGCCUUUCCUCAUGCCGCGGAGAAAAUGCAGAAGAUUAUAUUACAGCUUAAAGAAGUCCAGGCCUGCAUCCGUCCCUGCGGACUCCAGGAGGUCGCCCGGCGUUUCCGCUGCCGAGGAUGCUACUCUACGGUCUGCGACCUCCCGUUAGACUGCCCAGUUCAGGACUUGACGGUGACUCGGGGUCAUCAGGCUAUGUUCUUUUGCACUGUGAACUUCCAGCUGCCUAAGGAAGAGAUCACCUAUUCCUGGAAGUUCGCAGGAGGCGGACUCCGGACUCAGGACCUGUCCUACUUCCGAGAGAUACCAAGGGCCCGAGGAUACCUGGCUCGGAUCCGGCCGGUGCAGCCCAUGCACCGCGGGACCUUCUCUUGCGUGAUCACACACGACCAGCGGCCCCUGGCGCGGCUCUACUUCUUUCUGAACGUGACAGGUCCGCCACCGCGCGGGGAGACUGAGCUCCAGGUCUCUUUUCGGGAAGUGUUGCGCUGGACGCCACGGGAGGGGGAGAUGAUCGAACCCUGGACGCCCAGCCUGGGCGAGCUGCUGGCCAGGCCCGAGGCUCUAACGCCGGGCAAUCAGUGCCUGCUCGCGGCCGCUGUGGCCUUAGCCUCAGCCAGUGCGACCGUGCUGGCGUGGUGAGUCCCUGGGACCCCAGAAUCCCAGCAUCUGGCUCUCCGUUCCCAGACCCAAGAGUCUGGGUCCCCAGCCCCUCCUCCCUCAGAUCCAGAAGUCUGAGUCGCCAGACCCUCUUAGGAGUCCAGGCCCCCACCCCGUCCUUCCUCAGACCAGGAGUCAUAACCCCCAACCCCUAUUUUCUCAGAUCUAAGAGUCCAAGCCCUAUCACCACCUUUGGGACCUAGGCUCCAGGACCCAGAUUUCUGGUCCCCAGCCUCUCCCACACACACACGAACAUAUCCUUUUUUCCCCAGGAUGUUUUUUCGAUGGUACUGCAGCGGCGACUAACAAAGCUAUCUUUUUUAUCCUAUUUCCAUCCCUAAAAUAAAGAAUCUAUUUCAGCUCUCUA